AUGUGCCGGCAACCUCUGCGAUACGCCCGGCGACCCGUGUACAUCGUGGCCGCCUACCUGCUGUUGCUGGUGGUCCCCUGGCUCUGCGUCUGCGUCGUCAACCGGCGAACGACGGCGGACCCUUGGGGCAUCAUCAUGCAGAGCGACCUCGACAGCUACCGCCGGUGGCUAGGCGUGGCGUCGUUCCUGGGCACGGUGGCGGCCGUCGUUGCCCUGCCGUGCGUCGCGGCGCUUCUUGCUUACGGCGCGGUCGUCUUCUCCCAGCGACGGUCCAAACAGCAGUCGCUCACCGUCCGCCAGCUGCUCGCCAUAUCGGACCUCAAGUGGACGGCCUUCGUCUCGAGCGGCGAGUCGUCGUCCUACUUGCUGCUGGCCACCGGCCUGCUCUUGCUCGCCGCCGUGCAACCGGCCCUCCAGGCACUGCUGAUGCCGGCGACCGGCCGCUUGGUGUACCCUUGCGACAGCUCGAGGCACUUGAGCAACUGGGAUCGAACGUGCGACGGUGCGGGACACCAUGCCGAGAGGAUCGGCAGGGACGCGGAGCCGGUGCUGCUCAGGGAGGCAGACGCCCCUCCCAUCGUCAGCGCCGUCCGAAGCCGCUUGGUGAACGUCACCUCGGCGGACAUCCAGGAGAACCUGUGGCGGGACGGCGAUACGCAUCGCAGCUUCACGACGGGGGAGUACCAACAGUACAACGACUCGUUCUGGGUGUCGGCGGUGCCCGCCGGGGCCACGACGGGGCCGCUCCGGCAGCACUCGAUCCGGCUCAGCUCGUCCGCCGACUGCAAGGCCGCCGGCCGCGACGAGUUUCCCGCCCGCUGCGACGGCUACGCAACCUCGGUCGAGGGCUUCGGCGUCGUCGUGCGCACCUGCAUGCCGGGCAGCCACGCGAACACGGCCCACGGCGUGCCCCCGAGGCGCCGCCAGGAUGUCGAAGAGGUCCUCUUUAUCGACGCGCAAAUCAGUGCAGCGGCAGCCGCGUCCAAAGACUUUUUGCCGGAGCCGGCCGAGAACGUCACCAUCCGGUGCGUGGCCAGAACGACGCGCGCGUUUUUCGAAAUCGCCAAUGCGCACCCGGGGUCCCGUCCGUCCGAGAUGCUCGACGAGUGGCCCACGGACGAGGAGAUGACGCACUUCCAUGACUACGACUGGCUGGGCAACCUCAUCACGAAAGGCUCGCAAGACGACUGGAACCGGGACCGGUUCGCAGGCUGGACCUCGCCGCAAGGCCCGCUGCGAACGACGGCCGAGGCGCUGUUUGGCGAUGGGUCGUAUGCCCACACCGUCGUCGGCUUCUUGAACCAGACCUUUCCGGACCGACGAUUCCCGGCCGAUGCCAGCUCCGACAGCGCUGUGCUGGAGGUCACGCGCAAGGCCUGCGCCCUGGAGGCCCCCCUCGGCGCCUGGCAGCUGCCUUACAACUCGGAAAACGACGCGUACGAUUCGUGGUUUGCCUCGGUCUACCAGGGCUGCGCGCUCGAGGACCUCCCAAAGACGCUGUUCAGGAUGGCGCAGGGCCUGCAGUACGAAAAGGUGGCAAGGAGCACGCUCGGUGUCGGCAUGUACCUGUCCAACGCGGCCGUCCUGCAAGACGCCGCCUCCAACGCGGCAGCGAGGACCAUCUACAACCUGACGGGCGCCGAGUUCGUCGCCCCCCGCUACAGCCCCGGCGCGACGGUGGCCGUCAGCCUGCUCAUCGGCGCGCAGGCCGUCGCCCUCGUCCUGCUCGUCUGCUACAUCUACAGCCUGCCCACCUGGACCGACACGCUGGACGCCUUCGCCAUGAUGAGGCUCGGGGCGCACCUGAGGGACUCGGUGGAGUUUCCUCCCCUGGGCCGCGUCGACCGGGAGGAGCUCGCGAUGCUCGGCGAGACGGAUGGACUGCUCGGGGUGGCAUCUGGCGCAGCGGAUGGCUCGGAGGGCGACCUCGAGCUGGCCGCCUUGGCCGCCCCCGACGCCACGCCGCGAGACGAGGCGCCCGCGCACCAGUACACGAUGGUCGGCCCGCUGUCACCCACCAGCAGCAGUACAGUCUCGUCCGGAGAUGUUUUGGCGGCGCCCACCCACGCGCGUCAGCCCGCCACAAUGCCCGGGAUGGAGGCCAGUGAAUUGAGCGACUAUCUCCAGGGGGCCCCGCCGGCGUCCCCCACGGUGUCGUCCGCCCGGAGCCCGUCUCCGCCACCGCCGUACAUACCGGCGAGGUCGCCCAACAGGGGCCGGCCAGUGGGGGGUCUGUUUGAGUUGGCUCUAAGCGCCCCUGGGCUCAUCACGCGGGCUUUUUGGUCGAGGCAAAGGCGGUAG